UCGGGCUUCGGGGAGCGGGCUGUGGCUAGCGAAUUGCUGCUGGAUUUGGGGCCUAGCUCGCUUCAGCGCGGACUGUGCUCUUCGGCUCAGCCGCUGAGGGAGCCCAGGGCUAGGCUACGUUCUGCGGAAGGGAGCUAGCACCGACCAGCGCUCUUUGAGGCUUCUCUCGGACUCAACGGUGCAGCAAUUCCUCCUGCACCGAUAACAGGGCGGAAUCUGCUGUGGCCUGGGCUCGGAAGCUGGUGCAGAAAUAGGGCGGAGUGUCCGGGCCUGGGCCGGUGGUGGUCUGGCUCCAGAAUCGGUGUCGGGCUGGCGCAUAAUGUUUGCUAACGACGAUAAUUGUGUGGAGAUGGGAGUGGAGUAAUCCGGUCCGGGAGGCCGCAGUUGUUGCCUUCAGUCUUUUGUUCAGCUUUGCAGAUACAACUGGCCUAGGGACGGUUUGGGGGAAACGACUAAGGGGUCAUAAGGCAGACGUGUUGAUAUAGUCUUCAUGUGCGGUAGCACACCUCGCCUGCUGCUGCUAUUUAAGUAUGUUUAUUCGUCGAAAUAAUCCAGUCGUAGUGCUGGGAAGGCAAGCAUUUAGUAUCUAUCAUAAAGCGUUAAAAUGCUGCCUUAAAAGGCUGUACUCGCUGGUAGAAAUGAAACCCACUGACAGUGGGCAUUUAGAUAGCACGGUAUGAGGGAGGAAAGGAAACCUACACCUGAACUAUUACUGCCGUCAUGGAGGUUGUGGGUUUCAGAGCGGUUGGAAUAACCGUUGUGCAUGUAGCUGCAGUGUGCUGACAGUAAAGGAAAUAAACUUUACAUAUCAAGGAUGGCAUGAAAUUAUAACAGCCGCUUUGCCCUGGAUGCUGUCCAGCUCUGUUAUUACACCUAACUGACAAAUUUGAUGGAAUACUGUCUUUGUGGUGAGGAAAGACUUCCGAGAGUCAGAAGGUAAACUGUCACCUGUGGAGAUUACAACAGAUGGCAGCAAGGAGUGAGAGGAGCCCACCAAAUUCGUUAGAAUCCCAAGCGCAGGGGAAUCGUGCUGGUUUUCCUAAGGAAAUUUUGGCAUCUAAAGUUGAGGGGAAGUACCUGUGCUUUGAGUGUCACGGGAUCCUGAGGAAACCCUUCCAGGCACAAUGUGGUCACCGCUACUGUGCCUCCUGUCUGAACAGGAUUGUCAGCCUUGGCCCACAGAAGUGUGCAGCCUGUAUUGAAGAGAACAUUUAUGAAGACCAACUGUCUCUUUUGGAUGCUAAUUCAGCUUUCCCAGACAAUGCAGCACGCAGGGAGUUGGACAACCUGCCUGCAGUUUGUAGCAAUGAAGGUUGCCUGUGGAAGGGCACCAUCAAGGAAUAUGAGGCUGACCACGAAGAAAGGUGUGAGUAUGUCCUGGUGCCUUGUGAAGCGUGCAACAAGAAGGUGCGCCGGGUUGAUUUAUCUCGGCAUUUGGAGCGAGAAUGUCCUGAAAGAAACCUCAACUGCAAGUUCUGCAAAACAACGUUUCACCACAAGGAUAUAAAGGCUCAUGAUGAAAUCUGUUCCAAGUACCCAUUAAUGUGUGAAUGGUGUGGGAAAAAAAAGAUUCCACGAGAAAAGUAUGCCGAUCACAUUCGAUCAUGUGGGAAGGUGAAACUGCUUUGUCACUUCAACCAGAUUGGCUGUGAAAUGGCAGUUGAGAAGGAGAAAUUAGCUGAGCACGAGAGUCAGUUUAUAGUGGAGCACCUCCACUUGAUGCUACAGCAUGUAUUGGGAAUAAAGAGCACGAUAGAAGGCCUGCAACCUCACAGCCUGCAGCAGGGAAGCAUUAAAGUGAACCAACUGCUGACUUCUGUUCGACAAAUAGAAGAAUCUAUUAGGCCGUUCUGCUCUCUCCCUGUCGAUCAGCAGGGAGUGUCCUCCCCUGAGGUCUUGGGGAAGCUUUGUGCACCUGAAAAGCUAGCAGAUAUACAAAAGCAGUGUGAUGCUCUUAAACACAAAGCUGAAACAUUUGAAAAUAUUGUCUGUGUUCUCAACCGGGAAGUGGAGAGAGCCUCUGUGAGCAUGGGAGCUUAUGAGCAGCAGCACAAACUAGACCAGGAAAAAAUUGAAGACCUGCAGACAAAGGUGCGUCAGAUGGAGCGUGUGGCUGCCCUGAAAGACCUAGCCAUAGCAGAGUUGGAACUAAAGCUGCAGGCACUUGAGCUCAGCACCUACAAUGGAGUUUUCAUUUGGAAGAUUUCAGAUUUCAGCAGAAGACGGCAGGAUGCUAAAUCCCAGAGGUCACCAGCUAUAUUUUCUCCAGCUUUCUACACCAGUAAGUACGGGUACAAGAUGUGUAUGCGUAUCUAUCUGAAUGGUGAUGGCGUGGGUCGUGGCUCCCAUUUGUCCCUCUUCUUCGUCAUUAUGAAAGGGAACUAUGAUGGAUUGCUCAGAUGGCCGUUCAAGCAAAAGGUGACUCUCAUGUUGCUGGACCAGACCAACCGUGAACACAUUAUUGAUGCAUUCCGACCGGAUGUCAGUUCCUCCUCUUUCCAGAGACCUGUCAGUGAGAUGAACAUUGCCAGUGGGUGCCCUCUGUUCUGUCCACUUAACAAACUGGACAACAAGAAUAAUUACUUGCGUGACGACAGCAUUUUCAUCAAAGUUAUUGUGGACUUAACUGACCUGUAAUGAACCAUUAUCUACAGCAUAAACUAUGGUUUGAAGCGGUCAGCAUCUGGAUCCUUGCUAUUUCAUGUGAGCAAGGGAAAUAAUUAAGUCAGCAAGAGUACCGCAAGUGUAGGCCUACUGAUCCCACUACCGAUAAGAUCGGUGAGCUGGGCUUUGAGAGCUGAUCAGCAAGAUGCCCAUUGCAGUCUUCAGCUUCCUGUUCCAAUCUACCUGCAAUCAGUGGAUGAUGUGCUGCUUGUUGCUAAAAACAGAGCAGUGGUAGGAGGAACAUCUGGCUGGCCAAUUAUGUAAGCAAAGCAUGCAUCUAACAAUGAGGUAUAGUGGAUAUACCCUUUGUAUCUUCCCAUUUUCCCCCUUUCUCCCUGUGAGAGUUGGAACCAAUGUACUUCUGGAUGAACUGUGAACAAAGGUCUGGGUUGCUGGAACCAGCUGAGUUAAUGGAGGUACCAUGCUGCUGUCUCCCUAUUUCCACUGCUCUAAACACACAGUGGGCUAUGCAUUACUCUGGGGGAUAGGUGAAGGGGGGCAUUGAUCUUGUGAUGAUAGCCUCCCCUCCUUGGCCAUGUCAUCAUGUCAGAUGCAUGCUGUGCUGCUUCCAUUCAGGACUAGAACCAGGUGUGUGAUGUGCACAUCGGCUCUCAGUGACAGAAACCUGCUCCACCAAGCCAAUCACGAUUGCAAGCUGCUUCAAGUUCCUCUUGCUAAGGACUGGUUGCUUUCUGAAGAAGCAUCUUCAGAGAGGUGAGGGGUAGAAAUAUGGAAAGAUGCAGUUCCUUGCCAUUCGCACUUGACAUAGAUGGACCUUGUGCUGGGAAUCAAAAGCUUGAAUCAGCAAUGUUUGAGGGUUUUUGAAAGAUUAUAUUAUAGAGUGCCAGAAAAUUAAAACUGCAGGUGCUGGAAAUCAAAAGAACAGAAAAUACUGGAGAAAGCUCAGCAGGUCAGCAAAGUCUGGGAAGAGAAACUGUUCAUCUGAGUUUCAUCAAAAUUUUCUAUUUUUGCUUGAGAAGUGCUUUGGUCAUAAUUAUUUACUCUUAAUAUAAUAAUAGAUUAUAAUCCAUUAUUUUAUAUACAAUACUUAAUAAUUUUUAGUUUUGCAUUAGCUGGUUGUUACCAAAAGUGGAAAUGUGCAGGCCUUGAAGUGGUUGAAAUUAGUGGACUUGGGACUUUUUUUUUCCCUGUGCCCACCUUCUGUUUAACACAUCUGGGUAGCUCAGGGUUAUAGCAGGGAGGAAUUUCAACAGAAUAACACUGCAGUGAGUUCAAGUGAGUGAGUUUGGCAAUGCCCAGGAUUGAAAGGAAGGUUUUGGAUGAGGUGUUUUGUCUUCUCAUUAAUCUGGCCUGUACUUGUGGAAAAUGUUAUUCUUACUGUUAAUCUCCAUUGGUGGAGCUACUGGCUAUUGCCUUGUGGAUGUAUGCAGUAGUGGUGAGACAUGUAAAAGGACAAUCAGUAUAACAAAUUACUUAUGGACAUAAAUCACAAUUCAGAGAUACUCUUGGUUGUGAUGUACGGUGGUUUUCCCAUUCACUUUACUCUGAACAGAACAUAUUAAGACUGUUCCACAAAUAAGAGUGACUACUUUGACGAAGUUUCAUAGGUCAACACCUUUCACUGGUUCUCCUAUUAAGAGGAUUGAUGUAUUGGGAAGGAUCCACAAACAAAUGAGGCUGAUUUCCCCAAGGACAGGGCUUCCCAGUGGUCAGGGUAAUGUUUAUAAUCAAUUCUGUGAAGGGGAGGCACGUGUUAUGAGAGACUAUGUAAAUGGGCACACUUCUAGCCAAGGACAAGUAGUUGUGACGUUGACAGGUUUCUGAUUUGACAUAGGGUCUGAUGCUGUUUGGGCACCAGCUCCUUGCACUGUAGGUAAUAUUGUACUAUGUUUCUUGGCCUUUGCACUAUCCUUUUAUGACUCAGGUCCUUGGCUAUGCUUCCAGGCAUUAGAAUAUUUCAAAUGCUUGGGCUUUACUGGGAUUUGGUUGAAGGAUGAGAAGACUAUCAGCAUGGUGGAAGUUUGUGAAAAACUUUGCACCUUUUGCUGAUAGUUACUGAAAUGGUUAGAAUGGAGGGCAGAACAAUAUUUCUUAAAAUAUAAGCAGAAAAUGCUGCAAGCACUUAGCAAAUCAGGCAGCAUGGAAUCCUGACCUACUGAGAACCUCCAACAUUUUCUUUUUUAUUUUUAUUUCCAGUACCUGCAGUAAUUUGCUGUUCGAUACUUUUAGGUGACUUUUGUGCUCUGGGAUCUCCUUAGUUGUGUGGCUGCUUCACCCAUAGAAUCUCGUAUAAAAACACUGGCGGAAGGACAAUAUCUCUGUAGAAGUAGUGCAGUGGUGAAUAGAAUUGAGCAGGGAGAGAAGAGUUUAGUUGACCUCCGUGAAGGAGUAAUAUGGAUGAUGUAUUCUUGUGUAACUUUACUGCUCAGGAUGAGGUGGCUGGGUGGAAAGGCAGGGCUGUAUCACAUUAAUUAAUGUUAGACCAUUAAAAACAAAUAUAAAUAAAACACAUCUACACAUCUGUUCUACAUUCAGUAAUGUGAAGUUGCUUUUCUGUAAGGAAAUAGCCACGUUAGUGGCAGACCUCCUCAUCUCUUUUCUAAAUGGAUGUUCCUUUAUUCUGAAGCUGUACUUUCUAAUCCUAAACUUGUCCACGAUAGGAAACAUCCUCUCCACAUCCAUUCUGUGUAGGCCUUUCAUCAUUUGAUAGAUUUCAAUGUGAUCCCCCUUCAUGCUUCUAAACUCCAGUGAGUACAGGCCCAGAACCAUCAAACCUUUUUUUAACAAAAUAAACUUUAUUAAUAAUUAAAAACUAUUUGUAAGAAACUGUUCACUGCCUUUUCAUUCUUUACAUUCAUAGUCAGUGCUUGGUGUGCUGUUCUGUUACAUUCAUACACAUCAAUAGCACUGCUGCUAUUCGUGGCACUCUGGGGUAGUAUACUGCUAUAAUAAUAAUUAUGUGGCUUCUUCCCCAAACCUGGUCCUUCUCUCUCCCUCUUCCUCUCCCGUAGAAGAACUGUGCUGUGUCCCUCAGCAUGCACAUCUACAGCCUGGGAUGUGCCUGUCAGCAGCAUUCCUCCACGGACAUCUCAAUACACUGGCAAACCAUCAAGCUUUGGGCAGACCAAAGGGGCGUCUUCUGCCAGUUAAUCUGCCAGCAGCUCUUGUUUCUUCUCUCUGUGUGCAUCCCUGGGAAAAGGCCGAAGAUUUGAAGAUCUUCUGUCAUACAGCUGCUCGAGAUGAACCGUGACACGGGCCCUUUCAUCCUGCUCCAUAUCCUCUUCGCAAACCUACAGUACUUUUAUUUAAAAAAAAAAAGGGGUGAACUUCCCCACUGCAGUCUGACUUUAGCUUCUCUGAUUGGAAAAGAACACUGGCAGGGAUGACGGCAGAGUGGCAAUGGCUGGAAUUUCUGGAAGCAAUUGGAAGGCAUGGGAAAUAUACAUCCCAAAGAGGAAGAAGUAUUCUAAAGGAAAAAUGAUUCAACCAUGGCUAACAAUAGUAGUCAAAGUCAACAUUAAACCCAAAGAAAGGGCAUACAAUAGAGCAAAGAUUAGUGGGAAGUUAGAGGAUUGAGAAGCUUUUAAAAACCAACAAGGCAACUAGAAAGCUGGCCAAUAAUAUUAAAGAGAAUACCAAAAGUUUCUUCAGAUACAUAAAGUGUAAAAAAAGAAGCAAGAAUGGAUAUUGGACUGCUGGAAAUGAUGUUGGGGAGGUGGUAAAGGGGGACAAUGAAAUGGCAGACAUACUGAAUAAGUAUUUUGCAUGACUGUUCACUGUGGAAGACUAGCAGUAUGGUGGAAGUUCCAGGUGUCAGGAGUCAUGAAGUGUGUGAAGUUACAAUUACUAGAGGGAAGGUUUUUGGGAAACAAAGUUCUGAAAGUAGUUAAGUCACCUGGACCAGAUGGUGUACACCCCAGGGUUCUGAAAGGUGGCUGAAGAGAUUGUGGUGGCACUAAUAAUGAUCAUUCAAGAAUCACUAGAUUCUGGAAGACUGGAAAACUGCAAAUGUCACUCCAGUCUUUCAAGAAGGGAGAGAGACGGAAGAAAGGAAAUUAUGGGACAGUUAGUCUGACCUCAGUGGUUAGGAAGAUGUUGGAGUCAAUUAUUAAGGAUGAUGUCUCACUGUACUUGGAGACACAUGGUAAAAUGGGCUGUGGUCAGCAUGGUUUGCUCAAGGGAAAAUCUUGCCUGACAAAUCUGUUGGAAUUCUUUGAAGAAAUAACAAGGAGAAUUGGUUAAUGGUGCAUACUUGAUUUCCAGAAGGUCUUUGACAAGGUGUCACACAUCAGGCUGCUAAACAAGCUUACGAGCCCAUGUUACUGUAGGAAAGAUUCCAGUAUGGAUAAAGCAGUGGCUGAAUAAAGGAAGCCUUUUCUGGCUUGCUGCCGGUAACUAGUGGUGUUCCACGGCGGUCUGUGUUGGGACUGUUUCAUUUUACGUAUUUGUUAAUGAUUUGGAUGAUGGAAUUGAUGACUUUGUUGCAAUGUUUGCAGAAGAUAUGAAGAUAGGUGGAGGGGCAGAUAGCUUUGAGGAAGUGGAGAGUUUACAUAAGGACAGAUUCAGAAAAUGCAAAGAAAUAGAUGGAAGACAGUGUCAGGAAGUGCAUGGUCAUGCACUUUGGUAGAAGAAAUUAGAGGGUUGAUUAUUUUCUAAAUGGAGAGAAAAUUUAAAAAAAACUGAGAUGCAAAGGGACUUUGGAGUCCUUGUGCUGGAUUUCCUAAGGGUUAAUUUGCAGGUUAAGUCUGUGGUGAGUAAGAUAAAUGUAAUGUAGCAUUCAUUUCAAGAGGAAUAUGGUAUAAAUGUAAAGAUGUAAUGUUGAGACUUUAUAAAGCACUGGUGAGGCCUCACUUGGGAGUAUUGUGAGCAGUUUUGGGUCCCUUAUUUUAGAAAGGGUGUGCUGAAACUGGAACGUGUUCAAAUGAGAUUUACAAAAAUGAUUCCAGGCUUGAAUGGCUUGUCAUAUGAAGAGAUUUGAUGUCUCUGGGCCUGUAUUCACUGGAAUUCAGAAGAAUGAGGGGUGACCUCAUUGAAAUCUAUUGAAUGAUGAAAGGGUAGAGUGGAUGUGGAGAGGACAUUUCCUAUGUACAGCCCACAGAACCGAGUACAACUCAGCUGGUAAGCCAUCACUGUCAGUAGUUUUAAUCGAGUUGAAGGAAUGGAUGGUCUACUCUACCACUUGAUGUUGUCUAACACCUCCGUGACAGGAAAUUCUGGGAGGCUGAAGUGUCUGUGGCCUCAACAUGUCCAUCUGCAAGGAUGCUACUGAACUGUCCUCUUCCUUAAGGGUGUGGAUCACAGAGCUCCCCCGUGAACCUUUUGGAAGAAAAAAAAUGUAAGCAUGUCUCAUCGUUCCACAGUGCAGACCCUGAAGCGGAAGAUCAAUUUUGAAGGACUUUUCAGUGAAGUGCUGGACAUGCCAGCAUUUCACCUCUAGUAACCCCUUCCUCACACACACCCGCUUCACUUUCACGAGAAGUUGCUGCAACUCUGGAGUUUAAACAAUUCCAUCGAACCCUGCCUUGCUCUCUAAACCCCUUUGUGGAUGAAGAGCCUCUUGAUGUUCUCUUUGGUUGCAUCCCACAAGUGAACAGGGGAAUCAGAGAUGGGAUUUCAAGGUUGUUCCAACUUGCAUAUUCCCUCCUCUGAGGUCAGCAGUUUAAUGUUUAGCUUCCACGACCCCUGCUUGCUUUCUGGUCCUGUCGUAGGCGACAGGAGGCUUGGAGGAAGCAGUGGUCAGAGAAGAACGCUGGAGUGACAAUGGCGGAUCUGUCUGUGAUGCGUUCUGACAAACAGGAAGUCAAUCCGGGAGUGGGCUGAGCCAUCCAAUUGUGGCCAAGCUCCACCGGUAGGAGUACUGAAGACAUCGCAUAGCUUGACUAUUUUGACCGGUUCCAUCAGGAAUCUGGAGAUGCCAUCCAGCCUACCUUCCUGCACCCAUCCAUCUGUACUGUCAUCCUGUUGCUGCACUGAGUUGCAUGUGGUACUGGGAAUAAUCAAGAGAUUCCUACUUUGGAGGUCCUUCUCUUCAGCCUCCUCCUCCUCUACAACUCCCUAUACUCACUGCGUAGGAACUCUUCCCUUUUUCUACCCAUGACAUUGGUGCCAGUGUGCAUCACAACCUCUGGCUGCACACCCUCCCUCUUGAAGAUGUUCUGCAACUUCUCUGAGACAUCCUAGAUCCUAGUACCUGGGAGGCAGCACACCAUCCUAGCAUCUCUUUCACGGACACAGACUCUCCUGCCCAUUGCCCUAAGUAUUGUCUCCUAUCACUAUCAUUCUGCCUUACUUUACUUUUCCCUGCUGAGCUUCAGAGUAAGCACUGACUGCUUACUCCCUUUAUUUCUCCUGGUAGCCACCCAUAUAGUUCAAGUUCAAUUAUUUUUCAACCAUACGUGACUACUCAUGAUACAGGCAAAUAAAACAGCAUUACUCUGGGGCCAAGGUGCAAAACAUGCAUCACAAGGCACAAAUAGUACAUAUAUCAAGUAAACAUACAGUCACAAAAAUAUAUAUCUAGCCCAAGUCCUUGCGUGACAUGUCUUGUAACUUGCUGGUUCAUGGAGUGUUAUCGACAAGAACAAGCAGUUCUCAGCAGUCUGCAGACGAAUGUACGCAUGCAAUCCAGCUGAUCUUCCACUGAGUGGACAAUGGAUGGCAGCACCUGGCAGAGACACUGCACUACAUGCCUCUGGCAUCUCUUCUCCUGGACUGCUGCAACAGACCAGCCCACAGCUUGAGACUAGUCCUUGCUACAACUGAGGCCACUCGGCUCCCCUGCCGUCUCUCGCCAAUAAAUACGGGAAACGGACUUGCAGCAUUUAACAGUACCAAUAUCAAACGGUCUUGCAAUCACAGGAGAAAUGUCCUAGACAGACAUUCACUGUUAAGACUGCACACCAUACAAGGAUUCCAAUGGCUUUCUGUAGCAGGCAGUAACACAGUCAGCACCAAGUCCAGUUCCUCCACCAACAAAUAGCUCACUGAUGUGGUAUCCCUACUGUACAUCCAUCAUUGUCUUGCGAUUGUAAAAAAGACAUUUAAGACAAGAACACCUUUGGUUGGCUCUUGAGAGACCACUAUGUCCGAAUGUGCUGCCAACUUACCAGUUAUCUACUAGCUGAUACUUGCACUCUAGGUAUGACCAGCUUAGUUAAAAGUCUCAUCUGAGGUUUUCAGCCUCCAGAUGAUCCAGAGUACGUUCAGCUCUAGCUCCAGUUCUUUGACCUUGUCAGUCAGGAGCACUUGCUUGUGAUGUAGGCAUCAGGGAGACUGUUGGGUUCCCUGAAGUCCCACAUCUCAUGGGAGGAGCAUUCUACUGCCUGAAUUACCAUCCUGUCUACAUUUGUUAUAUCUCUGGUUUCUCAAACUUCAGUUCUAAUCUCCACCUGUUAUCUCAUAAGCCUUUUGAGCCAAAGCCUGUUCAUUCUAACACUGCAACACACACAAAAUGCCGGCGGAACUCAGGAGGCCUGACAGCAUCUAUGGAGAAGAGUACAUUCAAUGUUUCAGGCUGAGACCCUUCAUCAGGACUGGAGGAAAAAAAGAUGAGAGUCUUGAUCUGAAACGUCUCUUUUCCAUAGAUGCUGCCUGGUCUGCUGAGUUCUUCCAGCAUUUUGUGUGUUGCUUGGAUUUCCAGCAUCUGCAGAGUUUCUCUUGUCAUUCUAACACAGCCUCACUCACACAAUCGAUGCUCCGCUUACACCUUGCUUUUUUUUAUUGGCCUCUGCCGAGAUUGUUGAUUGCAGCCAGUCAAGAAGUUCCUACCAUCCAUUUUUCUUCCUAUUUUUGAUCUCCUUCCUUUAAUCUUCCCUCCCCAAUGCCCACCCACAUCACCCAUCUUUGUCCAUCUCCCCUUCUUGGUUCACCCUAAAGGUUUCAACCCCUCCCCCGCUUUACCCAAUCUGGUUCCAAAUGUCAUUCGCCUUUCUCCCAGUAGUCACCAUUCUCACCUCCUUAUCUGAAUCCAAUUUUGGUAUCAUUUUGUGUUCCUGCUUAUCUCCCUCCAGCAGAUGUGACAUCUUCACACUCCCCUCCCCCAAUGUGCUCCAUCUACUUCUCCAAUUUUUUUCCAUUUCUUUGCCUCCAUCUGUCACUCAGUCUCACAACUCAGCCCCACGCACUUCCUCUGCCUGUCAUUGUACACCCCAUCUCGGUCCACCAACCAUGUAAUACUCCUUUCUUACCACUCCCCUUCUCUUUAUCCUGGCCUUCUUGCCUCUCCAAUCUCAGUCUCAAUGCAGGGUUUUCAACUGAAAACUCAAUGAUUCCUUUCCUUCCACAGAUGCUGCUUGACCCACUGAGUUCCUCCAGCAGAUUGAUUUCUCCAAGCUUAGGUUAGAAGAUGUACAGGAUUAAUGGUUACACAUUUAUCUCAAUGACUGGCCUUAUAAAAGGUAAAUAAAAUUUAAAAAGCAGUAUGUCCAGGACUUAAUCCAAGUCCCAAUGAAAGUAUCUGCUCCAUACUCCUAUCAGCAUCAAUAGAAUCUUACUUGCCUCUGGCCAAAUGCACUGCAGUAAAAAAUAAACUCCAAUAUGGCGAGUCUUCAAAAUCAUUUGCUAGACGUACUUCAAUAGAUGUAGAAAUGAUUAUAGACAUUUAAGUACCUGUAUUAUCUUGGUGGCUGGAUAUUCAGAUGCAGCUGUUGUUUGUCUGUCUGUCUGACAGCAACAAUAUAAAAUAUGAUGGGAUGUUAUAUUGACAUUGUACAUGUUGGUGAGACCUACUUUGGAGUUUUGGUGUGCAGUUUUGGUCACCUACUGACAGAAAGAGUACAGAGAAAAUUUACAAAGAUGUUGCCGGGUCUGGAGGCCCUGAUUAAAAGGAAUGAUUGAAAAGUUUAGAAUGUAGAAGAUUGAGAGCGGAUUUGAUAGAGGUAUACAAAAUUAUGAGGAGUAUAGAUAGGGUCAAUUUAGGUUUUUUCCAUUGAGGUUAGAUGGGACUACCACCAGAAGUCAUGAGUUAAGGGUGAAAGAUGAGAAGUUUAAGGGGAAUAUGAUGGGAAAUUUCUUCAUACAGAGGGUUGUGAGUGUAGAAUUAGCAGCCGGCACAUGGUGCGUGUGAGCUUGAUUUCAACAUUUAAGAUAAGUUUGGAUAGGUACAUGGAUGGCAGUGGUAUGGAACUCAGUGGUCCCGGUGCAGAUUGAUAGGAGUAAGCAGCUUAAAUGGUUUUGGCAUGAACUAGAUGGGCUAAAGGGCCUGCUUCUGUGCUAUACUUCUCUUUGACUCUAAAAGUGCAUCCGUCUGGAAUUGAAUAAUUUACUGGAUUUCGCUAUUUAGCCAACAUCCUGAAACUUUUAUUUUCUUUUACAGUUUAAGACGUGCAGAGGUGGGGGAAGCCUAUUUGAAUACAUGAUUCAGCUAAAAAGUCCUGA